AAUCAAAAAACCCAAACACUCACCAGAUGUGUGACAAAUAAUAGGACUUUAACUUUAAGCAUCUUUUUGAGAUGCAAAUGAGCCCAUAAAUAACAUGAGGGCAGGCCUCUGCCUCUGAUGUCGUCUGGCCCCGCCCACCUGUGGAUGGUAAACUGAUCAAGACUUUCAGUUUUUCAGACCUCAGGAGGAUGGAGCUGCUGCUGGUUGCGUUGGUUCUGCUGCCGUCCUGCUCUGGACAGUUUCUGAAACACUGUCACGGGCAGCCCUGCCCCGAGUACCACGUCCUGGAGGCCAAUGAGGACUUUGAGGUGCGGCAGUACCCCCCCACAGACUGGAUCUCCACAUCAGUGGAGGGCUCAGAUUUACCUGCAUUUGUCGCUGCAAGGUCCAAGCUGAUAGAUUUUUGUGGGAAACUUUCAGAGAGAGGUCAGGCACGUAAGGACACCUGGCCCGCCAUCAUCACCAUCUCAGAGAUGACGGACGGCCGUAAGGUGACCGUGUCCUGGUUUGUUCCUCCUGGAACACAUUUUGAGACAUCGGACUCGUCUGUCACACUGGAGCACAGAGACGCAGCUGUCGUCUUCACUAGCUCCUUCAGUGGUUUUCCAUCCCUUGGAAAUGCCCAGGAACAUGUGGAAGCUCUCCGGGAAUCUUUAACCAAAGCUGGGAAAAUCUUCAAUCCUCAUGAGUACAUCGGAGCCAGUUAUGAUGGUUUUUUAGCUAUGAGUCACUACAAUGAGGUGUGGAUCUUUGCUGCCUGACGAAGACAUCUGCCAAUCGAGCCUUCACUUUCAUUUUCCCUCAACUUCUGGAAAAUUCUGAGCUAAAAAAAUAAGCCAAAAACAAGGAAACCUUUUUUUCUGCAGCUGUCAUCUCAUCUGUUUUUACCUGUUUCCCCCGUUCAUGCUGCUCCUGCAGGAAUCCAGCAGCUGUGAGGCUGAGCUGGACUCUACAGCUAACAGCACGGCUGUGGGACAUGAGCAAAGGCUCUUUUGUGAAGAAAAAGCAGUAAAGUUCUUGCUUCUUGUCAUGACUGUUUGUGGGGUGGUGGGAUUUAGAUGGUUGGAGGACAGGGUGAGGCCGUCAUCAAUCUGUUUUCUGAGGAGAAAUUCUCGAUGUUCUGCAGGAACAGCUUUUAUGAAGGAUCAGGG